ACGGAUGUUCCCAACGGUGCGAGUCUCCUUCACAGGCAUCCGAUCCGACCAGCGGUACGCAGUGCUCCUGGACAUAGUACCUGUGGACAACAAGAGGUACCGAUACGCGUAUCAUCGAUCAUCGUGGCUAGUGGCCGGCAAGGCAGAUCCUCCAGCGCCCUGUAGGGUCUGCGCUCAUCCUGAUUCGCCCUUUACCGGGGAACAACUUAGGAAACAGGUGGUGUCCUUCGAGAAGGUCAAGUUGACGAAUAAUGAGAUGGACAAACAUGGACAUUUAGUAUUAAAUUCGAUGCACAAGUACCAGCCGAGGAUACACUUAGUGAAAAGAAAUGAAGGUGCCUCUGGAAACAUCGUAGAUUUAGAAAACGAAGAGUACAAAACAUUCAUUUUUCCAGAGACCAUCUUCACCGCUGUCACUGCUUAUCAAAAUCAACUGGCUAUUCUAAAAGCUGUAACUUUCCUCUUCAAAAGCAACUGCAUACCAAUUAACAAAGAUGAUUGGCGGUCGCAGAUAUUUUCCCCAGGGGGUACGAUUAUCGGCAUGAGGCACUUAUUUGAAGUGUAUUAUCUUCCAAAACUGUAUGGAAAGCGAUAG